AACUGAGAAAACAUGCUCUUACAAAAGAAUCAUCUCCAUCGCGUGUCAAGGAUGCUAGGAUCUUUGGAGCCUUCACACUUUGAUCUCGCGGGCGAUGUGCACCCGGUUGGAAUGGGUGGUAGAAGAUAAAAAUCAUUGGAUCGGAGAGCAUUAAAAAGCGAGUUCGUCGACGGUGUUACCCUCAGUUUUUCAACAUAUUUGAGCUCGGUAGGUGUAUGUUGUCUCGCAGCUUCUGGGUUGACGCAUCGCGUUGUAUUCUUGUCACAUAUAUAAUAUCCGCAAUUUCGCCCUUUGUAUUGUCCCUGUCCGGACGGGGCGUGUAAAUUUUGUAGGUGGUGUUAUGGGUUUUCAACCUUACGAGUGCUACGUGGCGUGUGUGCCGUUACUUUCUUGUGAUGAUGGAAGGAAGACAUCAUAAAUCUGCUUUUAUCACUUUGGUUGAGCAUGUUCUAAUCGUUUCUGGGCACAAUUCAGUAGAAUGAUAUAAAAGUCAUGCAAUUCGAAUAACAUCUUUUGUGGAAAUAGAAUUCAAUGAAACAUAAAUGGAGCAUAUAGCAGUAAAAGACGGGAGUGGGAGUUAAAUAGAGAAAAUCAGUUUGAAGGCGAAUCUCGUGUAUGGCUCAGUUGUCCUGAGUGUGAUGUUGAAAAGCAUCUGGAAGAUGAACAGAAAAGUGGAUUCGAUAAGAAUUUUAGUAAUAGCUUUGUUUGCUCGGGUUCAUUGAUGAAAAAGUGGUAUUGCUAUCGAUAUAUUUAUAAAAGAAGUUGCUGCUAAAUUCUCAGUAUAGGAUUGAGUUUUUCAAUUCAUUGAUCGUGAACCAUUCGGUAGUCAUUGGCUUUUUGUCACCUUUUGCUGUUUCAGUUACGGAUACUGCUGCCGUGAAUAUCAGGUGAUUGUCUGAUUGCUUGCUGUGAAAGCUACGGUUACGGCGUUGGUUUUCUUUUGCAAAGGAGUUCGCCAAUAAAAAUCGUCAAAACGUGGGAAGAAAUCAAAAAGGGUCUCCAAUCAUUGUGGAUGACUAAGUUUUGUAGUCCGUGGGACUACAGUCUGUACGACGAUAACCCUGUUGAAGGAUACGCGCGGCUUUCCCGUUCGUUUCUUAUUAGUGGCAAAGACAUGGACGACAUGCUGAUGCAGUGCACUAAAAACAGUGUUUAUGUGCUGAAUUCUAGUUAUCGAUAUCGGGAUUUCGAUACGAUAGAGUUAUUCGGUUCGCCAGCAGGCAGAGCAUUGACAGUGAAUAAUAAAACAUCUGCCGAAACGCAUCCAUGCAGCAAACCUAACAGUAGCGCCAACAACAGCAUUACUAUUGCUACUAAAUGUAUUAGUUGUAUGUGCACAACCAACCAAAAUCAUCCCCUUCACCAACAUCGGUUAUUCCAUCCAUUAUAUAACUGCAGUUUCAGCGAAACUUGUAAUAUCACCAAUUCAAAUGGUUUGGGCUGUGUGAAUGCAUGCAACGGCAAUUUUGUCGAAUAUAGUGAUCUAAUAAGGCACCGUUCACCAGUCUCACAUCCGCAUCCCCAGAGACUUCUUCCUGAACAUAGUGUAACAAACUACAACAAAGGCAAUCGGACCAAUUCAAAGAUUGCCAAAAUAUGGAAGCUGUUCGACGAAGACCGAAUACACAAAGGAACAUCAAAGGAAGAAAAUCAAGGCAAAACCAGAAAUUGCACCAGCAACGGUAACAAUGGCUUAAGUGGGAAUAAUGCUUUCAGCCGAUGUCAAAACAAAAGCAGUACCAAUUCAGUACCACAAGAAGAGAAAAGCACAAAAGAUUUGUACAGUGAAGCUGCACAACUGCUUGGGAUGAAUUGCACCCUCAGUGAUAGCUGUCGUUGCAUCGACUGCCAGAGCCAAUAUUUUGAAUGCGACGACUUCGAUUCCUACUCAGAAUAUUCAGACAAAUCGUGUGACAUGGAAGAAAGUUUGAUCACGAAUCAGUCAUGCUACGCUGCUAAUCCUGAUAACUACCCCGUUGGUAAAAGCCCCCAAGAAAACGUCACGUCUGUUACCUGUCAGCCGGAACAGUAUGUCAGUACAAACUCUAAUCAAAAGUCUGUUUUGGGCGAUAGCAAUCACGCCAAACAACUUUCCCGACGUCCUGACUCAGCAAAUGUCAACUUUACAUGCAACACAACACAGGACAGCAAUGGAAACGAGCCAUAUUAUUCUCUCAACGAUUCGACCAACGACCGAGAGCUUCUCGAUGAUAAGGAUUUUUCUGUAAUCCAAGAAAAAAAUUGCAAAUGCAGCAAAGAAAACGCCUCUGAUAUGGAUGGACGUUUAGAUCUGAAUUAUACAGACGGAAUUCCAAGCGACUUCGAACAAAUAAAAGAAAAACGUAAUAUAAAAACAUGAAACGGCCAAUCGUCUGACUCUAUCUACAGCGGCACUGAUAAUUAUGGUGUUGUGAUAACAAGUUAUAACAGUAUCGAAAAAAAUAUUAGCAUGUUAGGUACCUUUCACACUAAAUCCGACGCGUUGAAUAAAGACUGCUAGUAUUCCUUUCGCCGUUUACAUUUAUCUUAUUCUAACCACAUGGUUGAACAAAUCUAUAGGAUCAAAACGCGAACCAAAAACGCCAUACGCAAUAUUGUUUCCGAGUGUGAAUUGUAAAAAAAUAUUUGUCACCAAGCGUACGUGACGAGCGUGAAAGUCACGCUCUACAAUUCGAUCCAUUAGUUUUAAGUACAUAGCAAUCGUAUAGUAUAUUUGCUCUAUUAUAGCGACGAAUCUGUGAACCACGUUCUGCCAAUAAUUUUCUUCCACGCUUUGUUCCACCGAACCUGCAAAAGAAGAUGAUAUCUGACGUUGGAUAACGAUAGAUGCACAAAUCUAUUGCUAAACAAACACUGUAUUGCCUCAUCGAUAGGUGACAUUACUAAUAAGAAAACAUGUUUUCAGCAGCCUUUCUACCAACUAAGCAAGGCUACAAAGUUACUCAGAUUAAAAUGAUUUUUUUCCAAACUUGAAAGAUCAAUAUUUUGAUGUAAAAAUGACGCAUGACCUCAUUGAAAAUGCAUGUUUUUGUUUAUGAUUUAUUGAAGAGUGGUCAUUACGGUGUUAUCUCAUCGAUAAACAACAAAUACCAGAUUUUUUUUAAAGAGAAGCCAACGAUCAUAUGCGGAGAAGGAUACCCUAAAGUGUCAAAAAAUCGAACCACGAGAUGCGAUGAUUUACAGUUGUUCCGACUUUUUGCCACUUUGUGAUAUUUUUUGCUGAUUACGUUCAGCAACUUCUUUCAAUUCUUGGUCACGGAUAAAAGAAUACUCAAAACCUAGUUUAAAAUAUUUAAACGGCGUUUUGUUUUAAUUUUCCUUAGCGCUUGACACUAAUAUAUUUGCACGUAAAUAGGUCUAUAGAAAAAGGCAAUUUUAUGAACAUAAUAUUUAUAGCCUAUUUCUGCUCGAAUUCGAACCAAUCCCUGCGUUACGCAAUUUUGCAUAGUAACCUCGCUGAACACCCUCCACUUCCGUUGAGCACGUUACGUAAUAUACGGAUGCUUUCUUAACUACAAAAGUUGAAUUUUCGUUAUUAUGUAUCAUAGUAUUGAACGCCGUACACAAAUUACGAUAUGCUAAAAAUCAAAAUUUCAGACCACCUCCCCUCUAUGUAACAAUAAUUAAUAUUCGAUUUGACUCCCCAUCCCUGAAAUUACGUAACGCUCAACAAACUGCCCUUCUCCAAAUUUUCAAUUUUGAGCAAGCACCACAGUUACGUGACUGUCUCAACUAAGUAACCCCCUCCCCCUGUUUAACAAUAAGUAACGCACACUCAAGUCCCCUGUUACGUUAAUUGUGUACGCGCCUUGCUGGGAAUUUUUUUUCCUAAAGGUUGCUCUCUGGAAUACUAAUGCUUAUAUUGAUUUAAUGUACACAGUGUGAAUGUCGUUAAAAAAGAGGUAAUCAAGCUACUGUUAAAAAAAAAUACAUUACUGGUUUUCACAUCGAGCUCGUAUACAAUUACCCAGCCGUAAACUGUGUAUCUUCCAUUACUUGUCAAUGGAGGUGUGUAUUUUUACGACUGAGUCUUUAGUUAUUAUUUCUUUUCUUCAUAACCAUUCCAUGUUGGGCAGAUUGAGGUAGUUUUUUUACGGUUUGUGGAUUAAGGAUUAACUAGCACAAAUAGUAAAGAUAUAUUUGUUUGUUGACCAACUCGAUAGCUAAAAAAAUUGAGGUAGAAUUGUGAUUCAAUCAAACCCACAUUUUUGUUUGUGGAUUUUCGCACACGAAUGUAAUGUAUACCACCAACAAAAUACACAGCUGUGGUAAUUAUUUAUUUUUUUUUCACGUAGAUAUUUAUUAAAAGAACUUAAGCAUGAAUAAUACUGCUAGAUAGUAACAUUUAGAUUGUUAAAUUUGUUUCAUUUAGAAUGUUAAAUAACAAAUUAUUAGUCUCAAGAUUAUUUAACAAUUAUAUGCUUAAAGGAAGAUACAAGUUUAUGAUUUCAAUAAAAUUCUAAAGAAUUGUCAACGACAGCUGUUCUCUAGUAUUCCUGGUUACAAGUUCAAACAAGACUAAACAUGAUUAUAUAACUCUACAUUGUUUGAAUGGUGAAACCCUGUUAACUUUUGAAAAGAAUUAUGGAUCAAAUAAUUGAUAGGUACCCAAAAUGUAACUAUUAAAACGAAAACACUGUGUGCCCUCAUCUUACCAGAACAAUAUAUAUAAAAAAAAACAAUUCAAAGCAGUUCCACUAAUAUUGUGAAUUUGAAAACAGAGCAUUAACCUUGAAAACUAGUGUCAGGUGCAAACGAAUAAAAAUGUAUAUAGAAAACGUUAUUAUUAUCGCUGGAAUAAAAAUAUAAGAUUGAUCUCUCCAAC